CUACACUUCAGUCGUUCGCGCGCGCCUUUUGCGAUAACUCAUAUAUAUAUGUUGUUCGCUCAUUAUCGCGUGCUGUGUUUACAAUACUGUGUUGUUAUUACGAAGAUUAAGCAGUGAUCAGUGUCAGUGACGGAGAGUGAAAAAUUGUACACCAUUUAGUGAAAGGAUUAUUUGUGCACCGUUGGCGAUCGGCGAGACAGCCACGGCAAACGCCGAGCUCAGCUCGGGUCAUGUGGUCGGCGCGGUCAAGCGCCGGCGCGGCGUAAUGCGCGGGCGCGAGCUAGCGGGCCGGGUGGCGUGCUUGCUGCUGCUGACAUGCGCGGCACACGCCACGGCCACCGACGUGGCUGCCCAAGAAGUAUGUCAAUCGAUGGACAUCAGGAACAACCCGGAGUCCAUGCAGAAGCUGAAAGGUUGCCGCAUCAUCGAGGGACAGCUCAGCAUCGUCCUGAUGGAGCAUGUCUCUCCCAAAUACCACAAUAUGACCUUUCCCGAACUGUACGAGGUCACCGGCUACAUCCUGAUCUAUAGAAUGCAACACGUCGGCAACCUCGGUGACCUGUUCCCCAACCUGUCCGUGGUUCGCGGGCUACAGCUGUACAAAGACUACUCAGUCGUAAUCUUUGAUAAUGAGAACCUUGUGUCCCUGGGCCUUCGGUCGCUGACGCACAUCGAGCGGGGCUCGGUGCGCAUCCAGCACAACGACCGGCUGUGCUACGUCAACACCAUAGACUGGAGCAAGAUCAUGGGCGAGAGAGCUGAGAACAACGUUAUAAAGGGUAACUACGACAGCCGACUGUGCGGGCUGUGUCCUGACGCCCAGGGCCGCGACCGCGACCCACGGCACUCCGGCUCCUGCCCCGCCGACGACAGCGGCCGGCUGCUGUGUUGGAACGAAAAACAUUGCCAGAAAGUCCGUCUCUUCAAUGAGGUACCCGACCUUUUAUUAGAUCAUCACCCCUCCAAGCCUGACCGCUUUUACCUGCUCCUGUACCGCCGCUGUGUAAGCGAGUUGGAGUGCCGCGCCAUGAAGCCGCUGAACGACGACGCCAGCAACCGGCAAGAGAACAUCCUGGCGUACAAGACGCUAAACGACUCGAAAGAGGGCGCGAAGUGCGUCUACAUCUGUCCGGGCGGAUUCCAGGAGUCUGGCGAUACGAAAAGAGCGGAGUGCGUGCGGUGUCCCGCGUCGGGGUGCAGCCGGCAGUGCAGCGGCGGCAACAUCGACUCCGCCGCCGCGGCCGACCGCUUCCGCGGUUGCACCAUCAUCAACGGGGACCUCACCAUUUCGCUGCCGGCCACCGGCAACAUCGUGGCUAUCCUCGAAGCGGCCAUGAGCGACGUCCAUGAGAUCCGAGGACGGCUCAAAAUAUUCCAAUCUAUGCCGCUAGUUUCGCUCACGUUCCUAGACAAGAUCGAACGGAUCAUCGCCAAUCCUAAAGCUAACAGCACCGAAGCGUUAACGAUAUACAACAAUCGCAAUUUGGAACUACUGUGGGACUGGGAAAAGCGGAAGGCCCAAAACAAGACGCUGGAGAUCAGGGGGAAGGUGGUCAUACAGUUUAACCCCAAACUGUGCCCCAGCGAGAUCAAUAUGCUUAAAAACAUCCCUUACAAGAACGAGCCCAAUAUCGAAAAUGAUAAUGGCGAUGAGGCGUUUUGCAACCAGGAAGUCCUCACGCUGGCGCCGACCCGCUUCGAAACCGACAGAGUGGUCCUCAGCUGGAACCCCUACUGCGUCCCGGAUUCUCGCAAACUCCUCGGCUACUCUCUCUACUACAUCAUGACCGACCGUAACGUCACACUUUAUGAACAGCGCGACGCCUGUUCUGACACAUGGAACGUGAUCGACUUCGCCAUCGAAGACAACCGCACGUCGCCUCUGAGCGGCUGCGACCGGCAGAUGCUGUUCAAAGUAGUCGCCAACCUCAUUCCGGAUACGAGAUACGCGGCCUACGUGAAAACUUUCACCACGCGCAUGGAUAACACCAAGGGGGCGCAAAGCCCUAUCAUAUACUUCAAAACUUUACCUGGACGUCCCAGCCCGCCCACGGUGACGGUGCGCGAGGACUCGCGCGCGCAGCACAACGUGACCGUGGUCGUGAUGCCCCCCGUGCGGCCCAACGGCACCAUCAUCGAGUACGUGGUGGAGGUGCAGGCCAACAGCUACAACCUGCCCAAGAUCAUGGCCAGCAGCAUCGACUACUGCAGCAAUCCGAGCCUGCUAGCCAACAUCAUAGCCGCGAAAUCUGAAGUGCCGCAAAAGGACGAGACGUCGAUGACGGGCGACGCGAAGAACGGCACGUGCCAGUGUCGGGAGGACACGGAGCGCUACACCAAGUUCGACUCGCGGGCGGAGCAGGAUCGCAUGGACACCAUCGCCUUCGAGAAUGAUCUCCAGAACUUGGUGUACGUCAAACAAACGAAAACAACAAAAUCCAAGCGCGAGACCAGGAUUCGGCGGUCGAUCGACAACACCGUCGUGAGCAGCAUGCUCGUCAUCGUCACGCCCCCUGAAGGCGGUCCCGACACCAUCUGGAAGGAAAAUAGCACAGACCUCGAAGGCUUUCUACGCACACAACACUACUCACUGCCAGGCUCUGCGCGCGAAUUGACCAUCGAGAAUCUGCGUCACUUCUCAUGGUACACCGUCAACCUGUGGGCAUGUCGUGCUCAGCACCCCAACGAGACGGUCACGGAGUUCAAGAAGACACGUUGCUCCGAACGCGCCUUCUACACCUUCCGGACCACUGAGCUGACUUCCGUGGACAUGGUCAGCAAAGUGCGAGCGUACGAGCUGCCGUCAAACAUGACGCUCCCGGAUGUGAACGUGACGUGGGACCCGCCCGUCAACCCCAACGGCUUCGUCGUGGCCUACUCCGUGUUCCUGGUGCCUGUGGAGGACAAUACGAAGAUGCAGUACGGGGUGAAAAACCAGCGUUGCGUGCCACAAACGGACUACGAGAGUAACGGGCGUGGAAUAGUGUUCCACAACAUGUCGCCCGGCAACUACAGCAUCACGGUCACGCCCAUCACCGUCAGCGGCGCCGGGAACGCCUCACAUCCAUUUUACUUGUUCAUUGCGGAGCGUGCUGCGGAAACCGGCUACGAAUGGAUCUGGGGAGUGGUGGGCGGCAUCCUCAUAGUAGUGCUAGUGCUGGCCGGCGUCGCUUGGUACGCGCGGCGCGGCCUGCUGCUGCCCGCCGAGGGCAACAAGCUGUUCGCGUCCGUCAACCCGGAGUACGUGUCCACGGUGUACGUGCCCGACGAGUGGGAGGUGCCGCGCGCCAACAUCGAGCUGGUGCGCGAGCUCGGACAAGGGUCCUUCGGCAUGGUAUAUGAAGGCAUAGGGAUAGGCAUUGAAAAAUUAAAACCAGAAACUCGAUGCGCUGUGAAAACUGUCAAUGAACAUGCAACUGACAGGGAGCGUAUCGAGUUCCUGAACGAGGCUUCAGUGAUGAAGGCGUUCGACACGUUCCACGUGGUGCGGCUGCUGGGCGUGGUGUCCCGCGGACAGCCCACGCUGGUGGUCAUGGAGCUGAUGGAGCAUGGGGACCUCAAGACCUACCUGCGCUCGCACCGCCCCGACUCCGACAACUCGCUGCCCAAGAAGGAGUCGGCCGGUCCACCGCCCACUUUGCAGAACAUACUGCAGAUGGCUAUAGAAAUAGCCGACGGUAUGGCUUACCUAUCGGCCAAAAAAUUUGUGCACCGCGAUCUAGCGGCGCGCAACUGUAUGGUCGCCGGUGACCUCACGGUCAAAGUGGGGGACUUCGGCAUGACCAGAGACAUUUAUGAGACUGAUUAUUAUAGGAAAGGCUCAAAGGGCCUGCUACCCGUUAGGUGGAUGAGUCCCGAGAGCUUAAAAGAUGGGGUGUUUUCAAGUAGUAGUGACAUUUGGAGUUUCGGGGUCGUCUUAUGGGAGAUGGCCACGCUCGCCAUGCAGCCAUAUCAGGGUCUGUCGAACGAGCAAGUGCUGCGCUACGUGGUGGAGGGCGGCGUGAUGGAGCGGCCGGAGCACUGCCCGGACCGGCUGUACGAGCUGAUGCGCGCGUGCUGGGCGCACCGGCCGCAGCAGCGGCCCACGUUCCUGCAGCUCGUCCACGACCUCUCCUCCACGGCCGCGCCCUACUUCCGCCACCGCUCCUUCUUCCACACGCCGCAGGGACAGGAGCUCUUCGCGCUGCAGCGGACUGCUCAAGAGGAGGAGCAGGAGCUGCCAGGCGUGAACGUGGGCGCCGUGGCGACGGGGUCGGGCUCCAACCUGUUCGGCGUGUCGGGCCGCCUGGCGUCGUGGGUGCGCGAGCUGUCGUCGCUGCGCUCGCACGCGUCCGACGACGCGGCCGCCGAGCCGCUGCAGCCGCCGCUCAAGCUGCAGUCCGGCGACGGCGGCGACGGCGGCGGCGGCGGCGGCGGCGGCGGUCCCAACGGCGUGCUGCGCGACGAGCGCUACACGCGCGACCCCGCCGCCACGGGCUGCUAGCGCCCGCCGCCACCCGCGCCCGCCCAACCGCAUCUACCUCCGGUCCGUCGGCCGAGCCGACCGACUUCGAAUCCUAGCCGUAAGCGUAGUUAGCGAAUUAUUCGACGAGCCGCCGAACCCGCGAGUGCGCGUCCGCGUCGCUGUAUAUAUUUUUAAACGAUCGUCGAUUGUGCGUUUCGAGUCGAGCUAUUAUUAUUGUUGUUGUCGUGCGUUGCGGCGCCGCGCCGCGUCGCGCCGCCCGAAGCGGUCCGCUUCGUGUCGCGCGAACGCUCCCGAUUAAUUUUUAUUUAUAGUGUAAAUUUAUAUAUUUAAGGGAAAGUUCUUAAAUCUUCUCUGCAUUUAUAACUGUAAUUUAUUGCAUACGGAGUGUGCCGACUUGCAGAGGCGACGUUAUCUAGAAUAAAAUCUAGUUAAUUAUUUCGUUAAUUAAGGUUUCGUUACUGACGCGACGAUUCGUCGACCCGCGUCAGACGACUCGUUUUCAUAUCAGGAAAUUAAUAUUUUUGGCGAUAUUUAAGCCGGUCCGUCGACGGACGCGAAUCCUAUAUAGUUUACCUCAAUCAAUAGUUGUAUCGGUGUCAUAUUUGACAUAGCCUAUUAAUGUUAAGUUUAUCGAGUAAGAUGUAAUUUUUAUAUUAUUGUGUAGGUGUAAGAUGGUGUACUAGUUGUGUUAUUAAUUUCCUGAUAUCGAACCCCCGGCCGCCGUGCGCCGUGCGCGACUGCCGCGACUCCACUAUAUUGACGCAACAUCUUUGGGAUGUUUCUUGUUACGCUAUACAUCAUUAUUUCUGCAUCUUGUGCUUUUUGUUGUUAUAAGUGACCAAAGUGACCAAUAUUUUCCCGCCCAUACUGCUAUGGAAGUUAUGUAAAUUGAUAAUUACUAGAAUAUUCAAGAUGUCAUAAAAGGUUUGUUCAAACAAAUUGUUCUAAUAAUUUAAUAUUGUAAUACUCAUUGUCUGAUCCUUAGUUUUUCAUUAAAUUAAUGAUAUCUAUGGAAUAUAAUGUGUUCAAUCGGAUUUACCAGUAAAGACUUGAAAUAUAAUUAUUGUUACUUAUUAUUUGUUAUAAUAAUAGUUCAGAUUAUAGCCGUAUGUAUUGACAUGAAUAAAUCUGCCCAUGUAAUUAUUAAUAAUUUCCAGGAUAUAAUAUAUAUGUACAUUUAUGUAAAUAGUUACUAUGAAAACAAUGUGUUCUAUAUCAAUUAUACAAUAAACAUUAUUGUAAUUUAUAUUCAUCUUUAUAUAGUAAUUGUGUUAAUAUUGUUGCAUAUGAAAAUUUACAUAAUGUACAGUAAGUAAGUCGCAUCGUGCAGCACUAAUGUAUCGUAAACAACUCGCUCUCUGCUCAGAACGUGCGCGUGCCACUGCCAACAGAGCGUACUAUAUGUCGAGAGGUACUACGACACCGUUUAAUAUAUAUAGCAGCUGUUUCAUUCGCACGUUUUGAGCAGUCUGCUUUUAAUUGUAGUCGCACGGUGAUCCUCUGUUUGUCGGAUAUUUUAUUAACUUAAGUUUAUACGAAAUUAUAAAUGCGACAGAACAGAGGACGGGCGCAUUAAUCAAUGUUUGUAUCAGAAUAAUGUGGACUUGCAUAAAUGUAAUUUGAAUAGCAAUGCAAAACAA